GGCGGAGCUGGUUCUUGACGUCUGCUGACAGAGCCACAGAGCCCACCUCUUCCUGUCGGUGUCAGAAAGGCAACUUCACCAUAUUUAGCUGGCUUGCCGAAGCCCUGCAGAGUUGAUCUGUCAACCAGACUGAAAAUCUUGAUACUUAUCGGCGGAUACAACCCGGUGCUGACAGCUUUAUUCUCGCACCGUGACACACACUAUAGAAGACGACAUCGUUGGGAUACGGUGCUUGGGAAACGGAGCCGUGUCAGCGGCUGUUUUUAAUGCGAUAAAAGUAACCGUCGUCUGACAGAAUUCCAACUAUCCAACUGCCGAGCUAGCCAGCUAGCUAAUUACUGUAGCUACGCUCGCUCGCUUUGCCGUAGAUACGAAUUUAUGUCGUUUCUGUUCAUGUUCAGAUAUCGGUAGGAAUUUAUUUGGACUCAUUGACCCCGCUGUGAUGAUCUCCUGACAGCUCCUCUCGUCCGUUCCUGCCACUUUUCUAACCCUAGCUAGCGAGCUAACUUGGGCUAACUAGCAGGUUUUUUACUGCCUCAGCGUCGCGUUGAGCAAGCAGUAAGUAAGUUAGCUUUCGCCGUGGCAGUGAAAUCCGAUUGGAUACGUUGACCGUGUAUAAACGGCGGCGUGAGGACACGGGGACGCCGAAGAUCCGGCCCCGGCCGGCGAAACGACCGUACCUAAAGGGCCCCUUCUGACAGCCUGCAGGGAGGGGAGCUACAGUAGUAUAGACCGGGGCACCCAGCCACUCAGCGCCGCAGAGGCGUUGCACUGCCGAAGGAGGCACCGGAUUGAACGGAGGAAGAGUACCAGACAUUUGACAACUGUGAUCCGGGAAGUGAACCGGGCAGGGACCUCAUGAAUGGAAAUCGGAACUACAGGAGCCGUUGGGGCCCAGUCCCUGUUCUCCAUGCCUCGGCGGCCUGGCUAUGGCACCAUGGGGAAGCCCAUCAAGCUGUUGGCCAACUGCUUCCAGGUGGACAUCCCCAAGAUGGAUGUCUACCUCUACGAGGUGGACAUCAAGCCUGACAAGUGCCCACGGCGAGUCAACAGGGAGGUGGUGGACUCCAUGGUGCAGCACUUUAAGGUGACAAUCUUUGGGGAUCGCAGGCCAGUCUACGAUGGGAAGAGGAGCCUGUACACAGCCAACCCACUGCCUGUGGCACCCACAGGGGUGGACUUGGACGUCACUCUACCAGGUGAGGGAGGGAAAGAUCGCCCCUUCAAAGUUUCCAUCAAGUUCGUGUCUCUGGUCAGCUGGCACAUGCUCCACGAGGUGCUGACUGGCCGCAGCAUGCCUGAGCCCCUAGAGCUGGACAAACCCAUCAGCACCAACCCUGUACAUGCAGUGGACGUGGUGCUGCGACACCUGCCAUCCAUGAAGUACACUCCUGUGGGUCGCUCCUUCUUCUCUGCUCCAGAGGGUUAUGACCAUCCCCUUGGAGGUGGAAGGGAGGUGUGGUUUGGCUUCCACCAAUCUGUGCGCCCCGCCAUGUGGAAGAUGAUGCUUAAUAUUGAUGUAUCUGCCACUGCCUUCUACAAGGCCCAACCUGUCAUCCAGUUCAUGUGUGAAGUGCUGGACAUCCACAACAUAGAUGAGCAGCCUCGCCCCCUCACAGACUCACACCGGGUCAAAUUCACCAAAGAAAUCAAAGGUUUGAAGGUUGAGGUGACGCACUGUGGAACAAUGCGGAGGAAGUACCGUGUCUGCAAUGUGACCCGUCGGCCUGCCAGCCAUCAAACGUUCCCUCUACAGUUGGAGAACGGUCAGACUGUAGAGCGUACUGUAGCCCAGUACUUCAGGGAGAAGUACAACCUGCAGCUUAAGUACCCACAUUUGCCCUGUCUACAGGUGGGCCAGGAGCAAAAGCAUACCUACUUGCCCCUGGAGGUGUGUAACAUUGUAGCUGGUCAACGGUGCAUCAAGAAGCUGACAGAUAAUCAGACCUCCACUAUGAUCAAAGCCACAGCUCGCUCUGCACCUGACAGGCAGGAGGAGAUCAGCAGGCUGGUGCGCAGUGCCAACUACGAGGCAGACCCCUUUGUGCAGGAAUUCCAGUUCAAGGUGCGCGACGAGAUGGCCCACGUGACGGGGCGAGUGCUACCCGCCCCCAUGCUGCAGUACGGCGGCAGGAACCGCACUGUAGCCACGCCCAGCCAUGGGGUGUGGGACAUGAGGGGGAAGCAGUUCCACACCGGGGUGGAGAUCAAGAUGUGGGCCAUCGCCUGCUUCGCCACACAGAGACAGUGUCGAGAAGAAAUCCUCAAGGGUUUCACAGACCAGCUACGUAAGAUCUCUAAGGAUGCCGGGAUGCCCAUCCAGGGCCAGCCAUGUUUCUGUAAAUACGCCCAGGGAGCGGACAGCGUGGAGCCCAUGUUCAGACACCUGAAGAACACCUACGCUGGACUGCAGCUCAUCAUCGUCAUUCUGCCGGGAAAAACCCCUGUCUACGCGGAGGUAAAGCGUGUGGGAGACACCCUCUUGGGCAUGGCCACACAGUGCGUUCAGGUUAAGAACGUGGUGAAGACGUCGCCUCAGACGCUCUCCAACCUCUGCCUCAAGAUCAAUGUGAAACUGGGAGGCAUCAACAACAUCCUGGUGCCUCACCAACGACCAUCAGUGUUUCAGCAGCCGGUUAUCUUCUUGGGAGCAGAUGUUACACAUCCACCUGCUGGAGAUGGGAAGAAGCCUUCAAUUGCAGCAGUGGUAGGCAGUAUGGAUGCCCACCCUAGCAGGUACUGUGCCACUGUGCGGGUCCAGAGGCCCAGGCAAGAGGUUAUCCAGGACCUGGCCUCCAUGGUGAGGGAGCUGCUCAUCCAGUUCUACAAGUCAACUCGCUACAAACCCACCAGGAUCAUCUUCUACAGGGAUGGAGUUUCAGAAGGCCAGUUCAGACAGGUGCUGUAUUAUGAGCUGCUGGCUAUCCGUGAGGCCUGUAUCAGCCUGGAGAAGGAGUACCAACCAGGCAUCACCUACAUCGUUGUGCAAAAACGCCACCAUACACGCCUCUUCUGUGCCGACCGCAACGAGAGAGUUGGACGUAGUGGAAACAUUCCUGCUGGUACUACCGUGGAUACGGACAUCACACAUCCCUACGAGUUUGACUUUUACCUCUGCAGUCACGCUGGAAUACAGGGCACCAGUCGGCCUUCCCACUACCAUGUACUGUGGGAUGACAAUUGUUUUACCGCUGACGAGUUCCAGCUGCUCACCUACCAGUUGUGCCACACCUAUGUACGCUGCACCCGCUCAGUCUCCAUCCCCGCGCCAGCCUACUAUGCCCACCUGGUGGCCUUCCGUGCCCGCUACCAUCUGGUGGACAAAGAACAUGACAGCGCUGAGGGCAGCCACGUGUCUGGUCAGAGUAACGGUCGGGACCCCCAGGCACUGGCCAAAGCUGUUCAGAUUCACCAUGACACCCUGAGGACCAUGUACUUCGCCUGAGCUACACCAACCCUCCCCAAACCAUUGCCACCCUUAACACACAUCAACACACAGACACAACCAUGCACGCCUGGCUUGCCAGUCAAGGAGUCCUUAUAGGUGCAAGUCUCCCCCCCUCCGCCCCCCGCUCCCCCUUCCCACACACACACAAACACACACACACACACACACACACACUGACACACACACACACACACACACACACACACACACACACACGCCUAGUCAAUCCGGACCUGACACUGUGCAGAGGAAAGCAGGGAGGAAGAAGGGGAGGAGGCACCCCCACACUGGACUGAGGAUGCAAACGCUGCUUUAAAAAUAAGAGAGGAACUCAGCACUAUUAUGCAAUAUUAAACCAGCCAACUAGUUUAUUUCCACCCUUAUCAGGCCCCCUUUUCAUCGCCCCUCUUAUCUGUUUUUCCCAUCUGUCUCCUUUACUUGUGGCCUAGUGGGGUGUUUUCCUUGUUUGUUUUGACUUUUCCUUUCCUAAUGUCUACACUGCAGUUUGGCACAGUCUCUCUUUAUAGUCUACGAAAUCUGCUCCUCUGCCAUCUACAGUACCUCAAGUCAGUUUGAGCAGCAGCACUUUUACAUUCUGUCAGUUUUACUGUAGUAUUUUUUCGUUGUUUCUCCCCAGUGUUUGAAACGAGGGGGAGCAGAGAAGGAAGGGUCAGAUUCUGGAGUUGUUAAGUGGUGUUUUGAUUUGAUUUCUGAAUAUUGUUAUUUCAUUGGACCUCACGUCCUCCCAGUUGCCACUUAUUUUUCCUAAAUUCCUCUUGUUUCCUUUCUUAUUCUGUCACUUUUCACUAGUAUGUGAAAUCACCAGUACUUUGUAUGGAGCGACUUGUUCUUUUUGAGCACACUGCCACCUGUUGGCUACGAGGUAUAAAUGCCCCCUUAUAGUCACUACAAGGAGUUGUUGCCUGUAAGGUUUCAGAUCAGUUUUGAUUUAUCUUAAGAAGUCAACUGUCACAUUUAAACAGGGGCACAGUUUAUAUUGGCUGAUAUAUCAAUUGCUCAAUUGCAGCCAUCUAUGGAUUUUAUUUAAAGUAUAACACUGUUAUUUUAUUCUGGUUGUUAUUUUUCUUCUACAUUAUGUGAAACAUUUUAUGAUUCUAACUUUUUUUUUUUUUUUUUUUUUUUUUUAAUCAUUUAAGCUUAUGUUUUUAAUCUUAGCAAUGGUCAUGCAUUCAUUUCCCUCAGUGCUUUAUCUCACAUUUCCAUCCCUUGUGUUUGAAAUGGUGGGUAAAUAGAGAUCACGUCGAUGGUUUCCUCUAGUGCAAUAAUCAGCUGAACGAAGGGAAGAGGAUUUUAGGGGACAUAAACGACUCAAAAGAACGGUUACAUUUCAUUUGGAAGUGAAUGUCCUCGGGAAAGGAGAAAAGUUUGCCACUUGCAAGGCACUUUUAUGUAUUUCUCCUCUGUGAGAUGAUUGAUCAGCAUGUUCUAUGAAUUUGCCCUUGCUGUUGGGCAAAAAUGGUGCAACUGCAGUUUUGGUGAUUUUUCAUGUUUUUACUUGAACUGAAGGAUUUUAUGCGCCUCUGUGGUUUGAGAAUACUUUAUCAUCAAUGGGCAUAAUCUCAAAAUUCCUGAUCAUCAGUUUGCUAAUGAGGCUGAUUUUCUUAAUUCCUAAGACUGACCCAUUUUGGAGAUCAAAGCUUUUCACCUGAUGACAGCAAAGUGAAGUACAAAGGCCAUAAAGAGGUAGUAUUCAAGUGCCUGGUGGAAGUGUUUAAUGGUCAAAAGCUGCAUAACUUAUUAUGGGGAUCCUGUUUCAGUGGGUAAAAGAAUCAUAGCAUAUUCCAGCGAAUGGGCAGCAUAUUAUAGGUUAAAGUUGUUUUUUUUUGGCAUUUUUGCCUUUAUUGGACAGUGGGCAGCGAAGAGGCGGACAGGAAACAAGGGGAGGGAAAGAUGCAUAUGAAAUGAGACAAAGGUCCCUGGCUGGAACCGAACCAGGGAUGUUGCAGUUAUGUGGCAUGCACAAUGACCAUUCGGCUACCAGGGCACUCCAGCAUAAGAUAGUUUAAAGCAAGAAAGUUUCACCCAAUGCCUCUUAUUCGUCUCAACACCUGUCCACUGACUUUUCUAUACAUCUCAUUGAAAUCAUCCUAAGAUCAAUGUAUUUAUUAUGUUUGCCUACACAGCAGUGUUAGCUGUUGGCUUUGCUUAGGAGCAGCAAUCAAGCAAAGCAGGUUGAGUUGUCUUUUGCUUAAUCUUCACCAUACAUGGAUCCAGCUGCUACAGUGUGUGUACCUAACGGGCCAGGUUCAUGGGCACGGGGUCAGCCUAAUCAUAAAGUGAUUCUUUCAAUAAACUGUUUGUUUCAGUAGAA